UCCUCCUCCUUCUCGUCUGUAGUUGUUGGAGUCGCAGCCUGAGAACACGACAGUGAGAAAGAGAAGAGGAGCAUCAGUGAAACUGGGAGAAUCUUGAAUUAACAGAAUCUGAUUGGUCGGUAGUUGGACUGCUGACUAGCUUUGAUCUCUUAUCUGGAACUUCACCUGCUCCGGAGAAGCUCAGCUGCUCAGCAUCAGUUACCACGAGGAUUUGACCCAGUUAGAAGAGAACCAGCUUGGUAGGACAGAAAACCCGAAGGCCGCUGACUGUCAGUGAUGGAGCUGAAGGUGUGGGUGGAGGGUGUGGUCAGAGUGGUGUGCGGCCUAUCGAUAGACACUUCCUGUCAGGACGUGGUGAUAGCUCUCGCACAAGCCACUGGUCAGACGGGUCGUUACAUCCUCGCGUUAAAGCUACGAGGGAGCGAGAGACAGCUGGUUGCUGACGAACGUCCUCUGCAGUGUCUGUCCCAGCUGGGACAACUGGCUACAGAGGUGCAGUUCAUUCUGCGGAGGACCGGCCCAAGUCUCGGUGUGGGACAAGAAGACACACCGACCACAGAGCGACGUCUUCACAGACCUCCAGAACCGGGGCCCCUCAAACACAGGAAGCCUCACAAGUCCCUCACUUUCAAUCUGGGUCCCUCAGCUUUUUCCCAUGGGUCUCAACCGAACAAGGCCCGGGCUGCGUCGCCCGGGGCCUCACCAGAACCACGGGCUUCCCCCGUCUCGCUCGUGGACGCGACCAACCCUGUGGACCCCUCCAAAGAGGAGGUGUUCGGGCGGGUUCUGCAGCAACAGAGGAGGCUGCAAGAGCUGGAGCUUCAGCUUCACUGUCUGCAGAGGGAGACACACGUGUGGGAGCAGGAGAGCUGCUCCGCCACGGCCCCGAGUCCGACUCCGGUCCGGACGGAGGAACUGCAGGAACUGGAGCGGCGGCUGAGGGAGAACGAGGCCGAGCUGGUGCACACGGCACGCUGGGAGGCGGAGUUACAGGCGGAGACGGACAGAGAACAAGAUUUGCGCAGACGUCUGCGCCAGACGCUCUCGUCGGUGGACGAUCACAGCCACGAGACGGAGGAGCUGCGAGCCCGUUCUGCUCAUCUGGAGCACGACGUACGACCGGCGGCCCACAGACGGAGCUCGAGGGCAGCGGCCCGGCAGCAGCAGGAGACCCUGAGGCCCCUGAGGCAGGAGCUCCGACACCGCCUGCAGCAGGGAGACCGGCUGGACGCGACAGUGUCCGAGACGCAGGAGGAGCUCCGAGCUGCAGGGGACACGCUGCAGGACAGACGGCAGCUGAUCGAGGAGCUGAACAAGGAGCUGAGACAGUGUAACCUGCAGCAGUUCAUCCAGCAGACCGUCGGUCCGCACGGCGACCACGCCGCCCCGCCGCCCGCCACCGAGCUUUACCUCAGCGUCGCCGGUGUCGUGGAGUAGGAGGAGCCGGAACACGUCACCGUACGUCAACUGAACCGUGUGUUAGCAUCCUGGUUCUGUUUUUACAGCCUCGUGUUUGUGAGAGUGAAGAAGAACUCAGUUUCACUCUCUGGUGAAAAACGUUUUGGAGAUUUUGAUUAAUGCAAAGUCAAAUAAACAGAAAGAAAAAAAAUCA